AUGGCCAUGAUAUUGGGUUACUGGGACCUCCGAGGGCUGGCUCAUGCCAUCCGCCUGCUCCUGGAGUACACAGACUCAAACUAUGAGGAGAAGAAGUACACGAUGGGAGACGCUCCUUACUAUGACAGAAGCCAGUGGCUGAAUGAAAAAUUCAAGCUGGGCCUGGACUUUCCCAAUCUGCCCUACUUAAUUGAUGGGGCUCACAAGAUCACCCAGAGCAAUGCCAUCCUGCGCUACAUUGCUCGCAAGCACAACAUGUGUGGAGAGACAGAAGAGGAGGAGAUCCGUGUGGACAUGUUGGAGAAUCAGGUUAUGGACACCCGCAUGGAGCUGGCCAGGUUGUGCUACAGCCCUGACUUUGAGAAGCUGAAGCCACAGUACUUGGAGGGGCUCCCUGAGAAGAUGAGGCUGUUCUCACAGUUCCUGGGGAAGCGGCCAUGGUUUGCAGGCGAUAAGAUCACCUUUGUGGAUUUUCUUGCUUAUGAUGUCCUUGACCAGCACCGUAUCUUUGAGCCCAAGUGCCUGGAUGCAUUCCCAAACCUGAAGGACUUCAUGGCCCGCUUUGAGGGCCUGAAGAGGAUCUCUGCCUACAUGAAGUCCAGCAAAUUCCUCCCACACCCUGUCUUCGGAAAACAGGCCCUGUGGGGCAAUAAGUAG